AUGGGCCGGAACAAGGGGAAAGCGCCCCCGCGCCCAGCGAGGCCCGGGACGCCAGCCUCGGGGGAGCAGGAGUCUGGGUCGGCCAGCGCGGAUGGCGAGCCCAGCCGGGAACGCCGGCCGGGCCGCGACAAGGCCCGCAGGGUGAGACAGGCCACGCAGCCCGCCACCACCGGGGGUCGCAUGAAGCCCACCGCAGAGAGGGACAGCCGGAGCGGAAGGCCGAGGGCUGAGCCGCCACAGGAGGUCCAGGAGAGGGAAGGCAGCGCGCGGCAGGGACGCGGGACCAAGGAGAGCCAUGAGCCUGGGGACAGCUGUGGGGGGCGCCUGGAGCAGGGGAGCCUCCCCCAAUUAGAGGAGCGGACGGGCGAGCACGGCCAUCGCAGGAAGAGAGGAAAAGGGCGGGGACCCUCGGCUCGGCGGGGCCACCAAGCGACCCAGAGUCUCGAUGGGGACACGUCGGGCGGCGACGGAGGCAGCUCCUGCCCGGACAGCGAAGCCCGCGAGGUCCAGGAAAGCAGCGGCCAGAAUGGCGGGGCCCCGGAACUGCGGCCCCAGACGGAGCCAAUGGACACGGGCUCAGAAUGGACCAACGUGGGGCUGGAGUCAGCGCCAGAGCCAUGCGAGCUCCCGAGCACCGACGGCCUGAGCAGCGACGAGCCUCCGGCUGAGCCCUGGAGCCAGGAGGGGUCGUCGGGGACAGGGCCCCAGAGAGUGAGUGCGGAUUCCGGGACAGACACGGACUUGAGUCUGCGAGGGGCCGGGCCUAGAAGGGGCCCACGUGCAGCCCCGGGAACGCCGAGCCAGGCCCCUGAGGCCCAAAAGGCUGAGCCCGGCGGAAAAGCCACGGUCCCCAGGCCUCCGGAGGGCAGCUGUGCGCGCGUCCGCGGGAGCUCGCGGGCUCCUCGGGACACCGGACCGGCCUGGAACGCGGGUGACACAGGAGCGCAGCGGGGCGUCGAGCCUGAAACAGCCGAGGCUUCGACGGCUCGGGCUCUGCGCCGCCGGGUCGGAAACGUGGUGGGGAAGGUGCAAGUGGAUGCUGGCGAGCGCGAAGCCGCAGGGGAGGACGAGCCGGGGGACCCAGCGCCCACGGCCGCCCUCGUGGUGGUGCGCAGGCUCCGCGAGAGGCCCCCGCCGGGCCCCGCUCCCCAGGCCGCGGGUCCCCGCCGCGCCAGUCUCAAGGAGCGGCUCCUGCGCGUGGUGCGGGCACUGGGCCUCCUGCGGUGGCUGCGGCUGCGGCUGCGGCUCCCGCCGCGGAACGCCGAGGGGCAGGGGGCGGGGCCGCCGGCUGGCGAGGGGCGGGGCCUCGGGCCGCGACUGCGGCGCCGCCUAGCGUUGCGCCUGGCGGGCGUAGCAGGGCUCGGGGGACAGCCCAAGGCUCCCCCUGGCGGCGGCUCGAGCCCCCCGCAGGCCCCGAAGAGCCCGGUCCCCGAUGACCCUUCGGACCAGGAGGACCAGAGUCCAGAUCCCAAGUUCGCGGUCGUGUUCCCCAGGAUCCACAGGGCGGGGAGGGCGUCGAGCAGCCGGAGCUCUGGAGAAGUGUCCGCGGACGCUCCCACAGGGGAGGGCCGCGUUUGGCCUCUUGCAGGGGCCGGGGGUGACAGUGAGGGACGCAGAGCGAGUGGGGAAAGGGUGGCCGGGCCCGGCCGUGCCUCCGUCCUCGCCCCGACUGCCCCCGACGGGCCCCCACUCGACGAGAGCGGCUCCAGCAGUGAAGCGGAGCCGGAGCCCCUGGCAGCGGAGACCCCGGUGCACUGGGCGCAGGGUUCGGGCCCCCGCGAGGUACCUGGGCUUGGCACGGUCGUGCUGCUGCCCCAACUCGCCUUGGAGACCCGCCUGCAGCGGGAGAGGACGCCGGGACCGGGAGGGUCCCUGAGGGAGCGGUGGGAGCUCGAGGACGAGGCCGAGGCGGCGCUGGAGAGGGACCUGGAGCUGAGCCUCGGCCCCGGCCUGGAGGCGCUGCCUUUCCUCGGUGCGGAGGGCAGGGGCCUCGGAGACGGCCUGGAGGACACUGAGGACCUGGCCCGGCUGCGGCUCGUGUGUGACAGCUCCGUGCUGCUGUGCCUCAAGAAGAGGUUUCACCUGGGCCGCAUCUACACCUUUGGGGGGCCCCUUCUGCUCUCUCUGAACCCCCACCAGCCCCUGCCUCUCUUCUCACCUGAGAUCCUGGCCAGCUACCACCCCAGGAAGGCCCCCAACACCACCCCGCACAUCUUUGCUGUCGUGGCAUCAGCCUACAGCCUGUCUCAGAGCGCUGGGCAGGACCCCUGCAUUCUCCUGGGACCCUACCACCCUCCACCCCCAUCCUUAGCUCCUCCCUCCUGCAGUGGGCACAGCGGCUCAGGGAAGACAGAAGCCACCAAAAAGGUUGUUCAGUUCCUAAGCAGUCUGGAACAGGAGCAGACGAGGGACAGAGGGUGUCAGCUGGACGACGUGCUGCGCAUACUCAGCAGCUUUGGCCACGCCAAGACCGUCCUCAACGCCAACGCCAGCCGCUUCGGCCAGGUCUUAUGCCUCUGCCUGCAGCAUGGGGUCAUCGUGGGAGCCUCUGUGUCACAUUAUCUGCUUGAGACCUCAAGGGUAGUGUUUCAGGGCCAGGCCUGCAGGCUCCAGGGCAAGGAGGAUGCCCGGGAUUUCACAGGGCUGACCAAGGCCCUGCAGGUGCUGGGCUUGUGCCCCGAGGAGUUGACCACGGUCUGGGCCGUGCUGGCCACCAUCCUGCAGCUGGGCAACAUCUGCUUCUCCUCUUCAGAGCGCGAGUCCCAGGAAGUGGCUGCUGUGUCCAGCUGGGCCGAGAUCCACACGGCAGCCCGGCUGCUGCAGGUGCCACCAGAGCGCCUGGAGGGGGCUGUCACCCGGAGGAUCGUGGAGACGCCCUAUGGUCGGGUCUCACGAUCCCUGCCUGUGGAAAGCGCCAUCGAUGCCAGGGAUGCCCUGGCCAAGGCCCUGUACUCACGACUCUUCAACUGGCUUCUGACGAGGAUCAACGCACGGCUGGCACCCCCUGGGGAGGGAGGCAGCGUGGGCACCGUCACUGUCGUGGAUGCCUUUGGCUUUGAGGCACUGCGGGUGAACGGCCUGGAGCAACUGUGCAACAACCUCGCCAGCGAACGCCUGCAGCUCUUCUGCAGCCGGAUGCUGCUGGCGCAGGAGGAGGAGGAGUGUCAGCGGGAGCUGCUGUCGUGGGUGCCCGUCCCUCAGCCUCCAAGGGCGUCCUGCCUGGACCUCUUGGCAGACCAGCCCCACAGCCUCCUGAGUAUCCUGGAUGCCCAGACAGGGCUGUCCCAGGCCACAGACCACACCUUCCUCCAGAAGUGCCACUAUCACCAUGGCGAGCACCCGAGCUACGCCAAGCCCCAGCUGCCCCUGCCGAUCUUCACCGUGCGACAUGAUGCCGGGGCUGUCACCUACCAGGUUCACAAGUUUUUAAAUACAAACCGGGAUCACCUGGACGCUGCCGUGGUGGAAACGCUUGGCCAGAGCCAGCUCCAGCUGGUGGGCGCCCUGUUCCAGGAGGCAGGGCCGCAGGCCCAGGGAGGCCGAGGCAGACCCAGUCUGGCCGCCCGCUUCCAGCAGGCCCUGGGCGACCUCGUGGCCCGGCUGGGCAGGAGCCGCGUCUAUGUCAUCCAGUGCCUGAGCCCCAACCCCGGGAAGCUCCCAGGCUGCUUUGACGUGGGACAUGUGGCCGAGCAGCUGCGCCAGGCUGGCGUCCUGGAGGCCGCAGGUGCCCGCAGUGUGAACUUCCCCGUGCGUGUGCCCUUCGGGGCCUUCCUGGCCAGGUUCCGGGCCCUGGGGACAGCGGGGCCGGAAGACCCCUCUGACCGGGAGAGGUGUGGCACCAUCUUGAGCCAGGCACUGGGGGCUGAAUCGUUGCUCUAUCACCUCGGAGCCACCAAGGUCCUGCUGCAGGAGCAGGGCUGGCAGCGGCUGGAGCAGCUCCGGGCCCAGCGGUGCUCCCAGGCCCUGCUCACCCUGCACCGCAGCCUCUUCUCCUGCAUCUCCCGCCAGCGCCUCCGCCUCCUGCCCCGGAUGCAGGCUCGUGUGCGUGGGCUCCAGGCCAGGAAGCGGUACCUCCGGCGGCGAGCAGCUCUGGGACAUCUGAACACCGUCCUGUUGCUGGCCCGGCCCCUGCUCUGGAGGCGGCAGAGGCUGCAGGUGCAGGGGUUCGGGGCGGCCUUCUUCCUGCCCUCUUGCCGGUGCUCUGGCAGACAGGCUGCGACUCCCGAGGUGCUGAGGCCGCUUGGGCAUCGGUGUGGCUGGUGCGGCGACGGGGCCUCGGGGACAGCGCCAAGCAUGGAGCUGGGGAGCUUGGAGAUCCCGGCGGAGCUGGCCGUCAUGCUGAAGACAGCAGAAGGCCACCAGGAUGCCCUGGCUGGGAGCAUCACCGAGUCCAUGCCCCCUGAAGUCCCUGCCCGGCCCAGCCUGACCCUCCCACCAGACAUUGACCGGUUCCCCUUCUCCAGCUUCGUCUCCAUCGGCUUCCAGGAGCCAUCCCUGCCCAGGCCAGGGCAGCCGCUGGCCAAGCCCCUGACCCGGCUGGAUGGCGAGAACCCUCAGCAUGCCCUGGACAUCAACAAGGUGAUACUGCGGCUCCUGGGGGACGGAUCCCUGCAGACCUGGCAGAGGCAGACCAUGGGAACCUACCUGGUGCGGCAGGGGCAGCGCCGGCCGGGGCUGCGGGACGAGCUCUUCAGCCAGCUCGUGGCCCAGCUCUGGCAGAACCCGGACGAGCAGCAGAGCCAGCGUGGCUGGGCCCUCAUGGCCGUCCUGCUCAGUGCCUUUCCCCCGAUGCCAGCCCUGCAGAAGCCCCUGCUCAAAUUUGUAUCUGAUCAGGCCCCCAGGGGCAUGGCGGCGCUGUGCCAGCACAAGCUGCUGGGGGCCCUGGAGCAGUCGCAGCUGGCACCUGGGACCGCUCGGGCCCGGCCACCCACCCAGCUGGAGUGGAUGGCCGGGUGGCGGCGGGGCCGCAUGACUCUGGACGUCUUCACCUUCAACGAGGAGUGCUACGCGGCCGAGGUGGAGUCCUGGACCACGGGGGAGCAACUGGCCGGGUGGAUCCUGCAGAGCAAAGGCCUGGAGGCACCCCCCCGUGGCUGGUCCGUGUCGCUGCACUCUGGAGACGCAUGGCAGGACUUGGCGGGCUGCGACUUUGUGCUGGACCUGAUCGGACAGACGGAGGACCUGGGAGACCCAGCCAGUCCCCGCAGCUACCCCAUCAGUGCCCUUGGCUCAGCCGAGGCCAUUCCCCCCGCCCCUGGUGUCCAGGCCCCCUCACUGCCCCGAGGACUCCCUCCAGGUCCAGCCCCAACACUGCCCAGGAGGGGCCACACAGGGGGCUCCGGCACCUCGGGGAGCCUGGAUGGCUUCUUGGAGCACGUUUUUGAGCCAGUCUUCUCCCCGGGCUUCAGCGAUCUGGAACACGGCUGGGCUCUGAGAGGCCGCAUGAAGGGAGGGGGCGCCAUCGGGCCCAUGCAGCAGGGCUACCCCAUGAUGUAUCCAGGAAUGAUGCAGAUGCCCGGAUACCAGCCAGCUGUGGUCCCUGCACCGGUACCCAUGAUGCCAGCCAUGGGUACAGUCCCCCCCAUGCCAACCAUGGUGGUACCGCCGCAGCCGCAGCCCCUGCUUCCCAGCCUGGACGCGAGGCAGCUGGCAAUGCAGCAGCAGAACUUCAUCAACCAGCAGGCGCAGAUCCUGGCCCAGCAGAUGACCACCCAGGCCAUGACCCUGUCCCUGGAGCAGCAGACCCAGCUACGCCAACGCCAGCGCCAGGCUCAGGCCUUGGAGGCUGCACCCCGGGCCCCGCCCUCAGCCAUCACCCCCAAGCCCAAGAAGCCCCCUGCCCCCCGGGAGGAGCCAGAGCCUGAGCUGGAAUCAGUGAGUGCCUGCCUGAGGGGGAGCUCAGAGGAGGCUGAAGACAGGCCCCGGCCGCCUAAGAAUUUCCAGCAGAAACGGGAAUACUUCCAGAAGAUGGGGCGGCAGCAGAUCAAAGUGAAGACGGUGAAGCCUCCUGUCAAGGUCCAGAUCCCCCAAGAGGAGGAGCAGGAGGAGCAGGAGGAGGAGGAGGAGUGGGAGGAGGAACCAAGAGCAGUGCUGUCCCCUCCUCCUACCCCCAUAGUGAAGAAGCCAUUGAAACAGGGUGGCGCCAAAGCUGCAAAAGAGGCUGAAGCGGAGCCGGCCAAGGAGGCGGAGCCUGGCCAUGAUCCAGGGCCAGCCAGGGGCAGGGGGCCUGUGGUGCGCAGCUCGGACCCCACGCGCCAGCAGCUGGAACCCAGCAGGGAAAUUCGCAACAUCAUCCGCAUGUAUCAGAGCCGCCCAGGCCCCGUGCCCAUGCCUGUGCAGCCAUCCAGGCCUUUCAAAACUUUCCUGAAGAAAAAUGACCCUAAGGAUGAGGCUCUGGCCAAGCUGGGGAUCCAAGGUGCCCACUCGUCCCCUGAGAUGCUGUCCCCCAAGGGCCCUCCACCAGCUGUGGCUCCUCGACCCAAGGCCCUGCCACAGCCCGGGCCCUCCAGCUCCAUCAAGGAAAAGCAGGAACCCCUUCGGGACCUGUUUGGCCAGAACCCGCCCACUGCCCAGGCACCCCAACCUCCGCCAGCGCCCCCGCUGCCUCCGCCCGAAGACCCAGGGGCCCCUUCAGCCGAGCCUCGUGGCUUGAUGGAGCCCAUGGGGGACCAGGGCACCGCCACCCAGCUGCUCGUGCCGUCCGGCAGCGUGUGCUUCUCCUACGCCAGCGCACCCUGGAAGUUGUUCCUUCGCAAGGAGGUGUUCUACCCACGGGAGAACUUCAGCCAUCCCUACUGCCUCCGGCUCCUCUGUGAGCAGAUCCUGCGAGACACCUUUGCCGAGUCCUGCAUCCGAAUCUCCCAAGAUGAGCGGCGCAAAAUGAAGGACCUGCUGGGAGACUUGGAGGUGGGCCUGGACUCCCUCGCCACCGCUGAAGACAGCAUCAAGAAGCGCAUUGUGGUGGCUGCUCGGGAUAAUUGGGCCAAUUAUUUCUCCCGCAUCUUUCCUGUUUCGGGCGAGAGUGGCAGUGACGUGCAGCUGCUAGGUGUGUCCCACCGAGGGCUGAGACUGCUCAAGGUGACCCAAGGGCCCAGCUUCCGCCCCAACCAGCUGAAGAUACUCUGCUCAUACAGCUUUUCAGAGGUGCUGGGCGUGGAGUGCCCCCUGGGCUCCACCCUGGAGCUGUCGCUGAAGAAUGAGCAGCUGGUGCUGCACACGGCCAGGGCGAGAACCAUCAAGGCCAUGGUUGAGCUGUUCCUGAGUGAGCUCAAGAAGGACUCUGGCUAUGUCAUCGCUCUGCGCAGCUACAUCACCGAUGACUGCAGCCUCCUCAGCUUCCACCGUGGGGACCUCAUCAAGCUGUUGCCGGUGGCCACUCUGGAGCCAGGUUGGCAGUUUGGCUCUGCCAGGGGCCGUUCCGGACUUUUUCCUGCCGACAUAGUGCAGCCGGCUACUGCUCCUGACUUUUCCUUCUCGCUGGCGCAGAGGAGCAGCCUGCGCAAGCAUCACUCGCAGCUCAGGGAGCCAGGGCUGGCUCAGCAGGACAGGGCCUCGGAGCGCCCCACCCACUCCUGGACCCAGGCAAACAGCGAUGACUCAGAGGCCAUCAGCCUGCCCUCCUCGACUGCCUACGCCUCUCUGUCCACUGACUCCCAGAGCUACACUAUGCUGGAAUUUGCCUUGCACUACUUCCGGAAGCCUCGGACCUUGCUGGACCCAAUGGAUGGAGGAGCUGAGGAGAAGGCCAUGGUCAGCCUGGUGCAGUUCAGCAAGGCUCCCAUCCAGGAAUCGCUCCUCAGCAUCAGUGACGAGGACACAAGCAGGCAGGCGGUGGCCGGCUUCCAGGCCCUGAUGCAGUUUAUGGGUGACCAGUCCAGGCCCCGGGGCAAGGACGAGCUGGAUCUGCUCUACGAGCUGCUGAGGCUGUGUCAGGAGGAGAACCUCAGGGAUGAGAUUUACUGCCAGGUCGUCAAGCAGGUCACAGGACAUCCCCGGCAGGACCACUGUGCUCGAGGCUGGAGCUUCCUCAGCCUCCUCACGGGUUUCUUCCCACCGUCGACCACGCUGAUGCCCUACCUGACCAAGUUCCUGCAGCAGUCAAGCCCCAGCCAAGAGCUGGCCUGGAGCAGCCAGGAGCACCUCCAGCGCACAGUCAAAUAUGGGGGCCGUGGGCGGCUGCCCCUGCCGGGUGAAAUGCAAGCUUUCCUGAAAGGUAAAACAGUCCACUUGCUUCUGAUUCACCUGCCUGGGGGUACAGAUUACAAGACAAAUAUCCGGACUUUCACAGUGGCAGCAGAGGUGCUGGAGGAGAUGUGCAGACAGAUGGGCAUCACGGAGCCCCAGGAAGUGCAGGAAUUUGCCCUCUUCCUCACCAAAGGGGAGGGCAAGCUGGUGCGGCCCCUGCGGCCCGGCGAGUACCUCAACAACGUGGUGAUGGAGCGGGACGUGAGCCUGCACGGCCGGCGGCUCAGCUGGGAGACCCCGCUGCACUUCGAUAACCCCACCUACAUCAGCACCCACUACAGCCAGGUGCGGUGGGACUACCUUCAGGGGAAGCUGAGGGUCAGUGCCCAGGCAGAUGCUCAGAUUGCCAGGCUGGCUGCCCUACAGCACCUCAGCAUGGACAAAAAGAACCCCCCCUCAGAGCAAGACCUGCUAGCUUACGUUCCAAAGCCGCUGCAAUGGGAGGUGAAUAUGACCACCAUAAAGGAUCUGAUGGGCCAGCAGCUGAGACAGCUGCAAGGACACAGCCCCCGGGAAGCACAGAUCAGCUUCAUUGAGGCCAUGAGCCAGCUGCCCCUCUUCGGCUACACCAUCUACGUGGUGCUGCGGGUGAGCAAGCUGCCCCUGCCUGGACCCACCCUCCUGGGCCUCAACCACCAGCACCUCCUCUUCAUGGACCCCAGCUCCCAGAAACCGCGCUGCUCCAUUGGCCUGAAGAACCUGCAGCGGCUCCGCCUGCUGAGCCCCCGGGAGGAGGGGGGCCCCCCUGGCCUGGAGAUCAACUAUGGCUCUGCUCACAGCCCCCAGACCACCUGGUUUGAGCUGCCGCAGGCCCAGGAGCUGCUGUACACCAUCACCUUCCUGCUGGAUAACACCUGUUCCCUUGAGUGGCCUGGCCUCAACUGACAGUGGGGGAGGAGUGGAGGUCACUCUGGUUUGGACUUCACCUCUUGGCCCUGUUCUGGAACCUGACACAGCACAACACAGCUGGCUCAAGUGGAGGCAGGGGCUGCAACAGUGUCACCAACUGGGAAAGGAAACAGCCAGGCUCUCUCUGAGGGGGGAGGGGCCUGGGUCCAGGGUGAGGGCUACAGGAGCUCAGCCUGGGCACCUGAUGUUGCCCGGGCUCCAUGGUAGCAGGAGCCCAGGCCUGGGAGG